AUGGCAAUGAUAGCUAACGUGUCAACUUUGCCAGAACAAAAUCCGUCCGUACCGCAAACUGAGCCAAGUCAGCCACAGCUAUCACUGAGUGGUUUCGGCGGCAUCGAUCACGUCAGCCCAACGCAAGUCCUCGACGAAGCAGCGAUCGAAAAUGAGGAUGAUGACUAUUGGGAUCUUCAGUCGGACGAGGAAAUGCUCGACGCGGAGGAUCGGGAUAACGAAGACAAUAUGCUUGCGAGCAAGGAGUUCAACAUCAUCCGUCGCAUACACCAUGAGCAUGCCAAUGAGCUUGCAGUCAGACGACAUGAUGCUUUCAUCUAUGAAGGUCUCUUGACAAAUUAUAAGCCCGAGUAUGCCGCAAGUCCCCUGAGAAAUCUCCAGGUUGCGCGCGUCUUCGCUCAUUACAUCCAUGUAAAACGCCUAUCGCUUUCAACGCUGGCGAAUUCGAUGCUCUUGGCCUACUACGAAGUAUGGACUGCGGAACAUGUCAAAUGGUCGACUCAUCUGGUCGGCGCUGCACAACUCCUCAUUGAACUUGACUUCCGCUCACUUACUCGAGAAGCUCGACGCCUCAAAGCCGCGCAGAAUGCAGAAGACAGACAGUUCCCCUAUCAGAACCCAGAAAUACUUAUCGACCAAAAGCACUUCAAUAAGACGCUGGAAGAGCGUGCAAUGAUGCCAGACCAGAAUCUCGUGAGCGCUAUUAUUGGCAAGAAAGUCAACUAUGACGACUUUGGUAUGAUUGUCGAGGAAACUGGCGCCAGAUACGAGACAAAGACGAAUUUGCCGGACAAGCUCGAUUUGCAAACCUUUGAAACUCUCCAGGAUCUUUACUGGUGGUACGCCCGUCAUGAUGCUUUUCAGAGCAUUGUUAGCGGUAACCCUUUGAUCACUUACGCGAACCCCAACUAUCAGCGCUCACCACCAACGCCAAGCGCCCCUCAUCCCAAGUACGCCGAUUUGCCAGCUGCAUAUCAAGCUGCUAUGGAAGAGUGGGAAACGAUCACUGCUGCGCACAACACUGUCUCGUCCAUCUUGACCAACACGGAGUCGUUUGCGCCUCUACCACCAGACACCUAUCCCCCAGUCCCAGGCGGUACAGGAAACAUGACUCCCUUUGGUCCAGCUCUGAUCCACCGAAGUUACGACAUCAGCAUCAUCUGGUGUCUGUUGCAUCUAGCGAAGAUCAUGCUUCUCCGCUCACACCCAGCCAUGCCACCAGCAGCACAGAUGGCUGCAGGUGUAGGUGCACCAGCUACAAAAACAUACGCGAUGCUUAUAGGCCGCAUUACAGCCGGCAUGCAGCUUCCCGCGGGCGAGGACUUGUCGCCAUCGCUGGGAGCAGUAUUGACCGAGUCUUCACUCUCGCUCUUCUUCGCUGGCGUGCAGUAUCAAGCACCCGCACAGCGCGAGUGGCUCAUCACGCGUCUCGUUGACGUUGAUCGCAGAACGGGCUGGGCGUCAGCGGGUAUUAUCGCUCAGGGAUGCGAAACGGCGUGGGAUAGAGCGGCGGCCAUGGGGCGUGGACCGCCCUACAAACGUCGCCUUAAAAGAGUAGGAGAAGAAGGGCCACUGCUCAAGGAAGACAAAGUGGCAGAAGUACCGAGGGAUAGGCUGUAUGAGGAUGAGGAAGAUGCAUCACUGCAAAGAGGGGGUCCGAUUGGUGGCGGACAGGGAAACCGGGAACGUGGUUUUGUGGUGAAGAAUAGGCCUGGGACGUGGGCGAUGAAUUUGCUGGGCACGGAGGAGGACUUGCGCGCGGGUAUGGAGAGAGUGGGACUUUGA